AUGGGCCUGACCUAUGUUUACCACAAGUCCAUCGCGACCUUCUUCAGGGCUAUCAUCCGCCCAAUGCUAAAGGUGGACCCAAAACCAGAUGAAGUCAUUUCAAUCCCCUCGCGGGAUACGGGCCGAGUGAUCAAAGCCCAUAUCUACAAGCCAGCCAAGGAGGAACACAAAGCACCACGGCCCGUCUUGAUCAACUUCUGCGGCAGUGGCUACAUACUUCCUGCAUUUGGCGCAGACGAUGAGUACUGCCGUUUCAUCGCGGAUAAGACCGGCUUCACUGUCAUCGACGUCCAGUAUCGUCUUGCGCCCGAGGAUCCCUUCCCGGCCGCCGUGAAUGACGCCGAAGAUGCGGUCGCAUGGGUACAAUCCCUGCCAGAUCAAUUCGACGUUGAGCGAAUCUCAUUAUCAGGAUUCAGCGCGGGCGCGAAUAUCGCCCUGGCAUUGUCGUGCACAUACUCUCGGCCUCGGCGGAAUCAAGACGAUAAUGUGUUUCGCACGGUGAUUUCGUUCUAUGGCUGCGUUGAUAUGAGCGUUCCCACGACGAAGAAGACCGUCGUGGAUCGAUCGAACUUUGUUAUGCGCAGCUUGUUCCCUAUUUUCUCUCAUCUGUGCCAUAAGUGUCUCGGCUUCUCAGCGGCAGACACUAAGAAUCCUCGCCUGUCGCCAACGUACGCCGAGUCAGUGGCUUUUCCUGAUAAUGUCUUGAUUAUCACGGCGGCUCAAUGCCCAUUUACUAUUGAGGCCGAGGCCUUGGCUGAUAAGAUUCGGAAUGGUGGUGGCAAACACGUGUUGAGCAAGAGGAUGGACGACUGUACCCAUGGCUGGGAUAAGGAAGCUAAGGAGGGAACACCUCAGGCGGAAGCCAAACAUCAGGCCUACGAGAUGUCGGCGUCUGUUCUACUCGGGGGAUUAAAAUAA